AUGGAUGAAAAAUCAGCUGGUGGGCAUAGAAUUUUUCAACUACAUGAACUAGAAGAGUUGUGGAAUGAAGCUUAUGAAAAUCAUAGAGUAUAUAAAGAAAAAACUAAAACUUUUCAUGAUAAACACAUUAGCAGAAAAAAAUUGAUAUUGGACAAAAAGUGUGGUUAUAUGAUUCUAGGCUAAAAUUAUUCCCAAGAAAAUAAUCAAAAUGAAAAGGGUUUUAUGUGUUGGAAGAGACAUAUGAUCAUGGGGCCGUAAUAAGUAAAGAUCUUAAAAGUGACAUAACUUUAAGGUAAAUAGAUAGCGGCUUAAAUAGAUGAAUGCCUUGUAGAAAAAGAAAUUUUAUUAUUAAAAGAAAUUCAAGAGUGAGAUCAAAGAGUCCAACUAGAGAUAUUAAAUUCAGCGCUACAUGAGAGGCAACCCAUGAUUUUUAUUUCAUUAUGUUUGAUUUUUUUUAAGCUCUAUUUUUCUUAGAAUUUUGUAGUACUUGUUUCUGUAUUUGUUUUUUUGGAAAAGUGUAGGAGGAGGAGUGUAAGAUGAACUGAAAAAUUAAAAAUGAGGUUGAGGUGAUGUCUUUCUGAGCUGUAUCAUUUAUGAAAAUAUUUUUAAUGCUUAACUUUGCACAUAUUCAUGCUUCACUAGAAAAUUAUAUUUUCUACAUAUUCUGUUUCGAUUUUUCUGUGUCUUUGAGGACAAUGUUAUUUUUAAGUUGGGGGGUGAAGUAUUAAUUAUUAAUUUAUGUUUUAGGAUGAUUAAGAACAUGUGUUUUCAUUUAUUCAACUUAGAACAUCAACUAAAAAUAUAAAAAAUAAAUAAAAUUUAAAAAAACUACAACAUCUAUUUUCUAGUUUUCUAUUAGGAACAAUAGAUUGUCAAAAAUAGUAGACAAAAAAAUAGCCCAAAAUUUUAAAUUCUAGAGACCCUUUUCUCACAUUUCAAUCCUCUAGAUAUAUAUUACUGAAAUUCAAAAUUACAGCUAUAAAGAGGAUAGUUUUGAUUUAUUUUUGACAAAUUUAUUACUAUUAAAACUAGAACUGAAAAUAGAAAAUUAAACUAUCAAAACUAUUUAAUUUACAAAUUUCUUACAUCAUAUUGCAUGCAUGAAAAAUGAAAUCAAUUAAAUUGAUUGAUACCAAAUAGAUACUUGAAAGAUUAUUAUUGAGUCAAAAGAAUGAUCUAGUAGCAUGAAAUGUUGGAAUACUCUUUGGAUACAUGAUAGAUAACAUGGAUUUGAUUUUACAGAUUUUCACUUCAUGAUCUUGAUGGAUAGUAUUUACUUGAUGUAAAAGUUUGAUUGAUCAUUUGAGUUUAAUGGAGAUUUUUGCACCCUAAUCUAUAGGACUUGUAAGGAGAAAUCACUUAUUUCGAAAAAAAAAAAAGAAGAGAGAGCAAUAUGAAAAUUCUAGAAAUGAAGAGUACACAUAGAGGGUGUGAGACAUUAUUCUCAUUGUCAAAAAUUGUGUAUAGAAAAACACUUGUUGUAAAAUAAGUGGAUAA